AUGAAAAGUAAAGACAUACAAACAGCUGUAAAAAGUAAAUAUGAAAAUGGUGAUGGACCGGUGAAAAUUUAUCGUGAUUUGACUGGAGUGGUUUCAUUACAAACAAUUAAAAUCAACAGCACUGACUCUAUCAAUUUAUCGUCUCCUCCUGGCUGCCCGUGCACAGGUCGGACAAAAGCCAAUAUCUCGAAGCAGGUUGAUGCUAGACCUCACACACAUCACUUGAGUCAAAAAUGGUGUGCUGAUCAUUUUGGUACAUUCAACCCGAAGAACCGUUGUCCACCUAAUUCGUCUGAUUUAUGUCCAUUAGAUUAUAAUUUAUGGAACGAACUGGCUGAAGUUAUGAAUUGGGACCACAUAACAACAAAGGCAACACUGAUAGAAAAAUUGAAAAAAGAAAAAAAUUUACAUUCAGUACUUGACUGCACUGUACGAUUACGUUUGAUUCCAAAAAGUGGUGAAGAUUAUAUUCGUUGA